UACACUGAUGGCGGGGAUUUUGCCGUUUGGAGCAGUUUUCAUUGAACUAUUUUUCAUUCUCACUGCUCUUUGGGAGAAUCAAUUUUAUUAUCUCUUUGGAUUUUUAUUCCUCGUCUUCUGCAUACUUGUUAUAUCAUGUUCUCAAAUAUCGAUAGUCAUGGUGUAUUUCCAACUUUGCGGAGAGGAUUACAGGUGGUGGUGGAGAACAUUUGUAGUGAGUGGUGGAUCAGCAGUGUAUAUUUUAGCCUAUUCCAUAUUUUAUUUCAUGACAAAAUUGGAAAUCACAGAAUUAGUUCCAACAUUAUUGUACUUUGGCUACACGGCGUUAAUGGUCUUAACUUUUUGGCUUUUGACCGGUACGAUUGGAUUUUUCGCUGCUUAUGCCUUCAUUCGAAAAAUAUACGCCGCUGUAAAAAUAGACUAGUCAAAAAAUCCCCCGAACUGUCAAUAAGACUACAAGUAUUCGUUAUGUGUGAAUGAAUGGAUGAGAAACUUAACGAGCAAAAGAAUAUGAGAUCUUUAAUAUAUCAUUUCUAGGCGAUACAAUGAUAAUUUCCUCUACAAUUAUCAUUUAACACCGUUUCUUUUUAACAGUUUAUCCCUAAACUCGUGAUUGUAUCAAGUUUUUUUUUUAUUUGUAAGAAUUGAAAUUUCUAUGAAACUUCAAGUCGUAUAUUGUCACUGAAAAACUAAAAAAAUUUAGAAUUAAUAUUGUACUGUAAGAAAUCAAACUAUCACUUAACUCGAGAGUUGAUAAGAAAAGUUAGUAAUUUUUGUCAAUGAAUUUUGUUUAUAAAAAAAAUUAAAGAUAUUUUAUAUUCAAAUCUAGUUUUAUAUUAUAAAAAAUAUGAAGGAAAUAUGAAGGAGAUGAUUAUUAACAAUUUUGAGUCUCAAGCUAUUGAUUUUUGUUUGAAAUCUAAAUUGCAAUUGAACUAAAGGUUAUCCUUUAUAUUCUAUUGAUUCCAUCCAAAAUGAAACUAAAGAAAAAAGAGAAUAACAUAUUUCAGUCAUUCAUCAAUAGGUUUAAUAACAUUAUCGUAGUUAGAAUUUGAAAAUAUAUUUUUGAAAUGCAGUUUAAUACUCCAUUUUACUUUUUCUAUAAUUACAAACAAUAAUAGAACGGAAGUAGUGGAUUAUUAAUUUAGGGAAAUGAAAAAAUCGUAAUGGGGAUAAAGAAGAUUAUUUUAAUAAAAUUUAAAGAAGAAUCGUAAUUAAUUGUAAUUUUCAUAUACGGGAUUCGGAUAUAUUUUUUUGUUUAAUAAUUUAGCGAUGAAUGAAAAAUUCUAUUAACUGUUUUGCGAUUUUUGAUUAUAUUAGAAAAAAUAUAUAAUGUACUUUGUAAUCGACAGCAGAAUUCAUUCAUACAUAGCUCGUUGAAAUAAUUGUUAAUAUUAAGAAUACGCAUUGUAAAUAUGUACGUAAAUAAUUUAAGAAUUUAUUUACUUCAGCGAAUUUUCUUUAUAUCUUUUUAUUAAUUACUUUUACUAUUUGUGAAAUAAAAACAAUUCGAUAUUAA